CUGCAGAGGCAGCUGUGCUGUUCCCGGAACCCAGCUUCUGGGGUUCAGCCACCUCCAGGGGUUCAUCGAAGUUCCAGGGGCACACGAAGUGGGUGCUCCCCUUUUGGGUGCUGACAGCAGACUUUACCUCUCCUCCACCACCAUGAGCGGCUGCUCCACGAGAUGCAAGCUGGGCUUCGUGAAAUUCGCCCAGACCAUCUUUAAGCUCAUCACUGGGACCCUCAGCAAAGAUAAGAUUGAAGAUGAGCUGGAGAUGACUAUGGUUUGCCAUCGGCCUGAGGGGCUGGAGCAGCUGGAGGCCCAAACCAACUUCACCAAGAGGGAGCUGCAAGUCCUUUAUCGCGGCUUCAAAAACGAGUGUCCCAGUGGUGUGGUAAAUGAGGAGACGUUCAAACAGAUCUACGCUCAGUUCUUCCCUCAUGGAGAUGCCAGCACAUAUGCCCAUUACCUCUUCAAUGCCUUCGACACCACCCAGACAGGCUCUGUCAAGUUUGAGGAUUUUGUUACUGCUCUGUCGAUCCUACUGCGAGGAACCGUCCAUGAGAAGCUCAGGUGGACAUUUAACUUGUACGACAUCAAUAAAGAUGGCUACAUAAAUAAAGAGGAGAUGAUGGAUAUUGUCAAAGCCAUCUAUGACAUGAUGGGGAAAUACACAUAUCCUGUGCUCAAAGAGGACACCCCAAGGCAGCACGUCGAUGUCUUCUUCCAGAAAAUGGACAAAAAUAAAGAUGGCAUCGUGACUUUAGAUGAAUUUCUUGAAUCCUGUCAGGAGGAUGAUAACAUCAUGAGGUCUCUCCAGCUGUUCCAAAAUGUCAUGUGACUGGGGACGCACCACCAUCCAACUCUCAGAGACGUUGCACUGAAGAACUACGUUAGCUACCCUGAUCUGCCCUUUUCUGACUUUACACACCGACUCUUGGGACAGAAACACCUUUUAACCACUCUGAAAG